AUGUCCUUUGGAGGUUCCGGCUUCUCGUUUGGCUCCACGCCGGCCGCGGGCGGCAACAACAGCAGCGCACCCAAACCCUUCUCCUUUGGCGCCACCACCAACAACACACAAUCCUCGUCCACCCCGGCAUCGGGCGGACUCUUUGGAUCCACUUCCAACACAGGCGCGACCGGCGGCGGCAGUCUCUUUGGAGGCACCAGUGCGCCCUCCACCGGCGGCUUCUCGUUCGGCGCUGCCAAGCCUGCCACCCCUUCCGGCACCACGACUCCCGGUGCUGCGCCCACCGGCGGCUUCUCGUUCGGCGGCGCUUCGACGGGAGGCGGAGGCUUCAAGCUCGGCGGUAGUGCAUCCACGCCCGCAGCAUCUGCGGCUCCCUCUGGCACCACUACCCCCGCAGGACAGCCUCCUGCCAACUUGUUCGGCGGCGGUGCCAACAAGCCCGCCGCUGCCCCUGCUCCUGCCGCUGGCGGUUUCGGUGGAGGCGGCCUGUUUGGCCAGAACAAGCCUGCAUCCCCGGCACCUGGCGCCACAGGUACCACUGAAGCCAGCAGCAACGGGCGGCUUCUCCGGCUUCACGCUUGGGGCGGCAGCAACACGGCGGCGGGCACAGACGCAUCCAAGCCAGCCGCGGCUCCGAGCACUGGGGCCGGCGGCUUCAGCUUCGGCGGUGCCACGAGCACCGCCAACAAGGAUGCUACUGCCUCUACCGCAUCACCGGCACCCGCCGCCAACCCGUUCGCGCCAAAGCCUGCCGCAUCGAGCGCACUUGCGACCACCUCUGCCGCUUCGGCGACGACGACGGCCGCACCUGCGCCCGCGACAGGCGGCUUCUCGUUUGGCAAGCCCGCAACGUCGACGGCGGCGACCACAUCCACCCCGGCGGGGGCUCCCGCCGCUGCUGCUCCCGCUGCUGGCGCCAAGCCGGCUGGCGCUUCGUUCAGCUUUGGUGCCAAGCCUGCCGAGUCGGCGGCGACGACGACGACGACGACGACCACCACCACCACCACCGCCUCAGCACCCGCGGCAUCGACGGCAACUUCCGCCUCAAGCGCCGCGCCCGCUACCGGAGCAGCCUCGACGACGACGCCUGGGACUGUCAGCUUCGGUGCACCCAAGACGACCGCUGCUCCUGCAACUACUGCCCCUGCGGCGGCGGCCGCGCGUCCGGCGCCCGUUCCGGCGCCCUCGCUGCUGAGGGGCAAGAGCAUGGACGAGAUUGUCAACAAGUGGAGCGCCGAGCUCGAUUCGGCGGUCAAGGAGUUUUCCAAGCAGGCGGGCGAGGUGGCCGCCUGGGACCGCGUGCUGUUGCAGGGUGGUGACGAGAUUUCGAAGCUGCUGAGCACGCUGACGCAGGCCGAGGAGAGGCAGGUGGGCAUCGAGCAGACGCUCGACUAUGUCGAGCAGCAGCAGACCGAGUUCUCCUCGCUGCUGGACGGCUACGAGUCGCAGAUUGGCGAUCUGCUGUCGGGCGUGCAGGGCGGCGGCCCCUCGACCUAUGGCGGCGCGCUGCGAGGCAACGCCGCCGAGGCUGGUGCGGCCGAUGUCGAGCGCGAGAAGGCGUACGCGCUGGCCGAGACGCUCAAUGCGCAGCUCGACGACAUCUCGCGCAACCUCUCUUCGAUGAUUGGCGAGGUCAACUCGCUGUCGUCGCCGCACGCCCCUUCGAGCGCGGCGGCGGCGUCCAACGUCGAGGACGCCAACCUCGGCGCGCUCAAGGUCGGCGGACGCUCGAGCGGCGCGGGCGCCAGCGACGACCCCGUGAGCCAGAUUGCCAGCAUCCUCAACGCGCACCUCGCCAGCCUCAAGUGGAUCGACGAGAGCAGCUCUAACCUGCGCGACAAGAUCGAGGGCCUGAGGCGCGGCCAGAUUGCCUGA